AUGGCCUACUACUCAAGGCCAACAUCGGCGGCUGCCCACGCACAGGAUGAACAGGACCAAUAUCCAUACUAUCCCGACCCGGACCUCAUCGUCGGCAGCGGCGCCAACACUUCCUUUGUCAACCCGUACGAGGCGGCUUCCUCUACAUCGCAUGCUUCCCCCUUCUCAGAUGCCCACGCGGCCGGCGCCGGGCCUGCAAGCAUCCUUCCGCUCUCGCACCAACAGCGCAUGUCGUCGUUGCAGCAACAACCGAUGAGCAUCAGCGUUGACCCUAGUCAACAAGCACACAUGCCCCCGCUCAGCGAGAGCUUCUACAACCAGGCAGCGUAUGCGCUCGCUAGCCCGCCAGCUGCAGCUGUCAGUCCGGUCGGUCACCUCGCAACGCUCCCCGAGUACUCGCAGGCGCCCAUGGCGGCGGGCUCGGUGGACGGUGGCUAUACCUACUACAACCAGAGCGCUGCUGGGCACUACUCCUCGCUGGGCCACGGCGAAGGCGAUGACGACGAAGACGACGAUGAUGCGGCGACCAAGUACUCGCCCGGCUCGGUGUACGAUGAAAAGCACGAGUAUGGGCGUCCUGCUUCGGCAGCUGCGGGCGCAACUUCGCCCUUUGGCAGAGCUGCGGGUGCGGCGUACCUCACCAGCCCGUACGCUCAGGUUGCGGGCAACGACGACUAUGACAACGAUGCACACGGCGGCUUCGCGGGUCGUGCAGCCCACAGCCCCUACGGUGGCAGUGGCGACGCAGGCGCGUAUGACCCCAACUACGCCUACGGCGAUGCUGGCGUGCCCGGUGCAGGUGCAGGUCAAUUUGGCGACAACCACUUCGAAACGCAGCACUUCGGUCCUGCUCCCGCACGCGGUGCCCAGCUGCGUCGACACAAGACCAAGAAAAAUGUACGCCUCACCAAAGGCAACCUGAUCCUCGACUGUCCUGUCCCCACCAAGCUGCAGACGUUCCUCACACGAAGGGCCGAGGACGAGUUUACCACCAUGCGCUAUUCCGCCGUGACGUGUGACCCAGAUGAUUUCGUGGCGGAAUCCUUCACGCUGCGCCCGGCGCUGUACGCCCGCCACACGGAGCUGUUCAUCGCCAUCACCAUGUACAACGAAGACGAGGUGCUGUUCUGUCGAACUUUCCACGGAGUCAUGAAGAACAUUGCGCACCUGUGUUCGCGCAACAAGUCACGGACGUGGGGAAAAGAGGGGUGGAAGAAGGUCGUCGUUGCCAUCAUCAGCGAUGGACGCAAGAAGAUCCAUCCGCGGGUCCUUGACUGUCUGGCCGCGCUUGGCGUGUACCAGGACGGCGUGGCCAAGAACAUGGUCGAUGGAAAAGAGGUGCAGGCACAUCUGUACGAAUACACGACGCAGCUGUCGAUCGACUCGAACCUCCAGUUCAAGGGCGCCGAGCGUGGUCUGGUGCCCAUGCAGAUCAUCUUCUGUCUCAAGGAGAAGAACGCCAAGAAGAUCAACUCGCAUCGAUGGUUCUUCAACGCCUUCUGCCCCAUCCUCCAACCCAACGUGACGGUCCUGUUGGAUGUGGGAACACGACCGGAGAACAAGUCGAUCUACUAUCUGUGGAAGUCGUUUGAUCUCAACUCGAACGUCGCCGGUGCGUGUGGCGAGAUCUGCGCCGAAACCAAAGGCAAAUGGGGUGUAGGGCCUCUGCUGCUCAACCCGCUCGUCGCAGCGCAGAACUUCGAGUACAAGAUUAGCAACAUUCUCGACAAGACCACCGAGAGUGUCAUGGGCUACAUCUCGGUCCUCCCCGGUGCCUUCUCGGCGUACCGCUACAUUGCGCUGCAGAACGACGAGUUCGGCCACGGCCCGCUGGCAUCGUACUUCAAGGGCGAGAACCUGCUCGGUGCGGACGCGGAUGUAUUCACCUCCAACAUGUACCUCGCCGAGGACCGAAUCCUGUGUUUCGAGUUGGCCGCCAAGCGCGGACACGGGUGGGUGUUGAAGUACGUCAAGUCGGCUCGCGGCGUGACAGACGUGCCCGAGGGCCUGCCCGAGUUCAUCAGCCAACGCCGCCGCUGGCUGAACGGCUCGUUCUUCGCGGCGGUCUAUGCGCUAUACCACACGGCGCAAUUCCUGCGCUCCGGCCACAACGCAUGGCGCAAGGCGCUGCUCGUGUUCGAGAGUUUCUACUCGUUCAUCAACAUGUGCUUCGCCUGGUUCGGCCUGGCCAACUACUACAUUUUCUUCCGCAUCCUCACAACGUCGCUCGAAGACCCGACGUUCCACCUGCGCGGCAUCGGGGUGUUCAACGUGUUCAUGCAGUACAUCUACUUGGGCACGGUGGUGGCGAGCUUUAUCUUUGCCAUGGGCAACCGGCCGCAGGGGAGCAAGUGGAAGUACUGGGCGGCGGUGGUGGUGUUUGCGCUGCUGACCGUCUACAUGAUGGUGGCGGCGGUGCUGUGUCUGAGCAAGGUGGUUAAGCGCGUGGAGCACGAUGCGAUCUAUGCGCAGAUGGUCGUGUCGCUACUGGCGACGUAUGGCGUGUAUCUGAUUUCGUCGCUGUUGGCGUGUGACCCGCUGCACCUGGUGACGAGCUUUCUGCAAUAUCUGCUGCUGGCACCGACGUACAUCAACAUCCUCAACAUCUACGCGUUCUGCAACCUGCACGACUUCAGCUGGGGCACCAAGGGCGACACGACUGUUUCAAAGGACCUGGGAGCCGUCGUCAGCACGGGCAAGGGCACUGUCGAGAUUACGCUCCCCACUGCACAGGCCGACAUCGACACGGCGUACGACGACGCGCUCAACAAUCUGCGUACGCGGCCCAUGAUCAUCCGCGGCGACGCCAGCAACGAGGAAAAAGCCGCCCGCCAGAUGGACUACUACAAGAACAUCCGCACCAACGUCGUCCUCGCCUGGGCACUCAGCAACGGCGUCGUCGCCGCGUUUAUCUUGAACGGCGAUGCUUCGAGCACGUUCGACUCCGGCAGCGGCGUGACCAGGACCAAGGUGUACAUGGUGCUCGUGCUUGUCUUUGUCGCUGGCAUGGCAUGCAUCCGCUUCAUCGGCUCAACGCUCUACCUCACCAUCCGACUCAUCAACGGCUGA